GCGGCGUUUCUCUCCUCGGCGGCGGCGCCUCAGCGGGAGGCGGCGCGGGCGGCCCGCCCGGUUCGCGCCGUGCAGGUUCCCGCUGCGCCGCCCCGCGCCGUCCCGUCCUGUUCCGGAGAAGCAGAGCUGCCCUGAGGCUAGGGGAAGGGGCGAGAUGGCGUCGUGCGUGGGGAGCCGGACCCUGAGCAAGGACGACGUGAACUACCGUCUGCACUUCCGCAUGAUCAACGAGCAGCAGGUGGAGGAUAUCACGCUGGAGUUUUUCUACCGGCCGCACACCAUCACCCUUCUCAGCUUCACCAUCCUCAGCCUUAUGGCCUUCGCCUUUACCAGGGAUGAUUCUGUCCCAGAGGAUAAUAUUUGGAGGGGUAUCCUCUCUGUGAUUUUCUUCUUUCUAAUCAUCAGUGUUCUAGCUUUUCCUAAUGGACCUUUUACACGUCCCCACCCUGCAAUAUGGAGAAUGGUUUUUGGUCUCAGUGUGCUCUAUUUUCUGUUCCUGGUGUUCGUGCUCUUCCUUAACUUUGAGCAGGUAAAAGCAGUGAUGUACUGGCUGGAUCCUAAUCUUCGAUAUGCCACAAGGGAAGCAGAUAUUAUGGAGUAUGCUGUGAACUGUCAUGUUAUCACCUGGGAGAGAAUCCUCAGCCACUUUGAUAUAUUUGCUUUUGGGCAUUUCUGGGGCUGGGCUAUGAAGGCUUUGCUGAUCCGCAGCUACGGUCUGUGCUGGACUAUUAGCAUCACCUGGGAGCUCACAGAGCUCUUCUUCAUGCACCUUCUGCCUAAUUUUGCUGAAUGCUGGUGGGAUCAAGUCAUUUUGGACAUCCUGCUUUGUAACGGGGGUGGCAUCUGGUUGGGCAUGGUAGUUUGUCGUUUCUUGGAGAUGAGGACCUAUCACUGGGCAAGCUUCAAGGACAUUCACACAACCACAGGGAAAAUCAAAAGGGCUGUAUUACAGUUUACCCCAGCCAGCUGGACCUAUGUUCGCUGGUUUGACCCCAAGUCUUCAUUUCAAAGAGUGGCUGGAAUCUACCUUUUCAUGAUCAUUUGGCAGCUGACUGAGUUGAACACAUUCUUUUUGAAACAUAUCUUCGUGUUCCAAGCAAGCCACCCUUUAAGCUGGGGGAGAAUUCUGUUCAUAGGAAUCAUAACAGCACCCACUGUAAGGCAAUACUAUGCAUACCUCACAGAUACACAGUGCAAGAGGGUGGGAACUCAGUGCUGGGUGUUUGGGGUUAUUGCUUUCCUUGAAGCUAUUGUGUGCAUAAAGUUUGGACAGGAUCUUUUUUCCAAAACACAAAUCCUAUAUGUUGUGUUUUGGCUUCUCUGUGUGGCCUUCACAACGUUCCUGUGUUUAUAUGGUAUGGUUUGGUAUGCAGAAUAUUAUGGCCAUCGAGAAAAGACCUUAUCAGAAAGUGAAGACAGUCCAUACAGUCCUGAUGCUUCCUGGCUUCAUUCUAAAUUCAGUAGAGCAGGUGCUGACAAUAGUCCACCCAAGCAUUCAGUCAAUAGUGAAAGCCAUUCAUCUAGGAGGAGGAGCCGGCACUCCAAAUCAAAAAUAACAAAUGGAAUCAGCAAGAAAUAGGAAUGAUCUCUGAAGAAAGCCUACAGCACGACCAGAGGUGACAAAGAAAAUCAGACCCGGCUCUGAAUUUCCGAGUGGAAGAUUGAUUUUUAAGUUUAAAAAUUAAAAAAAAGGAGGUGUUGUGGUAAAAGGAUAAUCAAGAUAGAGCCACCAGUGUAUUGCAAAUCAUUGCCUGCUGACACUUGCCAUUCACUGAUUUUAAACUAGUUUCUUCAGCAUGUGGCACCAAAAGCUAUGAUGAAGAGCAUGCUGGGAGGAAAAGUAAUUUUAUCAUAGCAGGUACACCCUGUUUUGUGUUCAGGUGUUGCAGGUGUGUUUUUAACUUUAGUUGAGGACUUAAACACAAAGUAAACUGAUAAUCAGUUGGUGUAGUUGGUUGGAUUUUUUCCAUUUGUUUUCCUGUGUUCUAGUUGUUUUCUAGAAGAGUAUGCAAUCCUUUGACUAAAAGCUGCUCUGCCUUUCUUUCUCAGUCUAUCAGCUAUACUGUUUUAUACAACCGUUAGCAAGUAUUUAAAAUUUCUAUACUUGUACCCAUCUACUUGGAUUUAUGUAAAGGCUCUUUAGACCUGGUGAUUGGGUUUCUACCAGUGAAGAAAUGGGUCCAGAUUUCUUGUAAAGAAUGUGAAAUCCAUCUUCAAACAUGGUUCUUCUUUUCCCACAUUGUCCUUUUGCUCGAUUGUUACACAUUUCAUUUCUUUUGAAGCUUUUAAAAUACUUACAUAAAAACCUGUUGCAUAGUAGAGAGAUGUACCACCUGCUCUGAAACAGAUACUAUGUCAUUUACUUGGUUUCCCCCCUUUACUGCAGUGCAUUUUGCAUUUUCAAGUGCAAAUAUGUCUUUUAUUCAACUGCGUCACAUUGUGUAUGAUGUUCCUUCCCACUCUUCUCUAGUUUGCUUCAGCUGGAACCAGAAACCCCAGCACCUUAAAACUCAUACCAGAAACUGCUUUGAAGGCUCUGGUGCCCUACUAAGCCUGGUGAUAAGGCAGUUUUUUGCUGAAACUGAUUGACUUACUACUGCCAUAUACAUAAUUAUUUAUGAAGGCUUGCUGUAGUCUUUGGUGUCUGAGAGGCAGCAUGAUAUUACUGUGAUGUACCCCAUUGCUUUGGUAUUUCUUAUCAUGCAGUCAGAUACCCAACAGCAAGCCUACUCUUUCUUGCAGGGUUUUUUGUAGGGUGGCUUUUUUUUUUUGUUUGGUUUUAAUUUUUUUAUAUUAAUUCUGACACCAAGCAAAGUGGAUAAUUCUCCAGCAGUGAACAUUAUGAUUAAGUCAAGACAUAAACAAUCAAGAGCAAUCAGUUCCUGUGUUACCAAAAUAUAGUUGUGCCAAUUAGAUUUUUGGAUUCAUGGGGCUGAGGAGUGGAUAGCUUAAGUAAGGAUAAGUAACAACUAUUAGUCACUUAGAAAAUCCCAUUUUCUUAUGAAGACUUUUUCUUUGAAUAGUGUUAGUGUGAUUUGCCACAGGCUAAGUAUUAAAAGAAAUAUGCAGCAGAGACUUUAUACAAGUGUAUGAUACUGUAAAUAGAAAAAAGUAAAGUAUCCUGUGUAAGCCAUGAAUUCCUAGGUGCCACAGAUUAUCAAUGUUUUCAAUGCACUUAAGUGUUGCUGCUGAGCUCCAAGGCCCUUCCUUUCUCACUCCCUUUUUCAAUCAAACAUGAAGUGGACAACUUGGGAAGUAACAUAGUAGAAGCUGCUAUGUCAUCAUUGCUACAGUAACAUUAAAUGUUACACGAGGGAACAAAAAGUAUUAGGAAGACUUUCAGAUUUUCUACAACUACUUGUUCUUUAUUGGUACUAUAGCAGUUCCAUCUAUUGCCUACUUAUUCAUAAUGUACUACAUAUUGUUGAAUGUAUUUGUAGAUUUCUUUGGAUACUGAGACUUAGUACUUUUUUUAUUUUCUUGGUUAAUAAUUCAGUCUGUCUAAGACUGAAGAAUUGCAUUGUAAAUUUUCUACCUUUCAAUACCAAAGCAAGAGAUUGGAAGUCUAAUGGUUUAGAUAUUUUAAGCACUGUGGUUUUCGAAGGUGAGAGCCUGUUUUGUACUUGCAAGGUGGAUACACACCAAUUUUGUAUACAAAGCUUACAGGUGUAAGCAGAUGCUGAAGGAUAAUUAUCUACUUGCCUGUGGGGACAAGUGCAUACUUUGUAAAUGAAGAUCUGGUGCUCAGACUGCUGAACUGCACCCUAAAAAUAUUGGAAAGGUAAAUAUGAAAUGUCAUAUUAUUGGAAGAUGACUUCUGUAUGUUAUUGCAACAGCUUGGCCUUUGACAACACCUUUAAAAAUAUUUCCCAUUAAGGUUUUUUUCUUUUCUUGUUUUUGAUCAGGUGUUUUUCUGUUUGCGUGUUUAUGUUUUUACUACUUUAAAAGAAGGAUGACUAGGGAGAGAGUAAACUAUACAAGUGCUGCAUGGAAAAUGGCACUUUGUGUCCUCUGUCAGCAGUUCUGGCUGGAAUUCACAUGUGCUUUCAGCCAUGGACUGACAACUGUAUCUUCAGCCCCAUUGUUACAGAUGUGAGCUUUGCACUGGCAGGUGUUGGAAAGGUGCUUUUGUUCACUGCUGUAAAACUGGUGGUCUCAAUUUUAUCAUUUACUGUGCUAUUACUGAAUCCUGUAUGUCUGUAACACCCACGGUGACAAAUCACUGAGCUGUUGAGCAACAAGCAUCCAUGUAUCAGUUCUGCUGCUGCUUGAACAGUACUUUAACAGUCACAGUUGAGCUGUCCUGUUUUUAACUAGUUGUUCUGUCUUGGCCUCUCGGUCUUACUUUCCUGCUUCUGAUGUUCUUUCCUUUCUCUGUCCUCUAGUGACCUCUCUUGCUGCUAUGAAUUCGCCCUCCAGAGGCUGUCCAUCAGCAAUGUCAGUCAUUGAAGGGAGGCUAAUGCAAGGCAGCAUGGUGUGAGCAGAGGGUAGUGGGAAGAACUAUAACUAGUGGAUUAAAUAAAAAUGGAACAUUUUAAAAUGCCAGUAUACAGUGAACUGGAGCUAGUCUUGAGUACUGGAUUCCAAUAUUAAAGUUGCUGCAUAGAUCAUACACUGCAUCUAAUUCAAUAUUUGGAGUGUGAUUUCAACCAGUGCUUUUGUUACUCUUCUGUGAAGAUCACCAUUUGAUGUUCCAGCUGUUAAAACUUUGGAAUUUUUUACAUUGUUAUCACAAGAGGACACAGAUGUUACCAUGUGUUUAAUAGUUUGAGUUGCUCUGUAUUGAUUGCAAAGUUUGUAUUUUGCAAUAACUCAGUAAAUCAAGCCAUGUCA